AUGUCAAAAUUAACCGAUGCUUCGCCCAACACAGUGCAAAAUUCCAGCACCGAGCCCAACAUAGCGCCUGAUUCUGACACCGAAACCCCCACCCCCACCAGCACCCCCGCCAGCACCGAGCCCCGCUCAUUCAACGCGCGGCGGCUCCUAGGCAGCGUCAUGAGCUCAGCCGCGCGCACAAUCCACAACCUCGACCGCGCGCCCACCCACCCAGGCCAAGCAGACAUGAUGAGCAACGUCGGCCAUAUCAAGCUCAAGCCCGACCCUGCAACCAUCCUAAUGGCCGCUGGAUCGCAAAACCCGCCGCCACCGGACGCUGAUCUUGAAUCAAAUCACGGCGAAUUGUCGAUUAGAAGGCCCGGGCUGCUGUCGCAUUAUUUGCAGCUGAUCAAUAUGGACCGCAACAAGGGCAGCCGCCAGCAGGCGUUUCCUGAUCAAGCCAGAACCCAUACGGCGAGAAGAGCGGAAGCAGAAGGGCGCAGCGACACCACAGACACUGCAGGCAUUGCAGAUUCUAGGGAGUCGCCAGGUGGCAUGUGGCUGGACCUCGAAGCCCGCCAGCCGCGCGUUUUUUACGACACACCCACAGACAGCCGGCCGGGCUCCGGCUUCUUCGCCGCAAUCAAUCGCCGAGCCAAGCCAGGAAAAACCACCGCAACAUCGUCCGGCAUCGGAACUCCACUGGCAGACACCCCAGGGGUGCCCUUCCGGCACCUCAGCGAGGCACUGCCCUGGGCCACUUCGCAGCGACAAAUGGCAUCAGCUUACGGCACGCCGUCGCCACCGCACAUGCAUACGCGGCGGCCUAGCAUGUCGUCGUUAGCCGGCGACGUCAGCACGCUGCCGCAGUUCACCAUUGAUAAUUCCCCGAUCAAGGACUCAUUCAUAGCCAUGCGGCAGGAGCAGGGCGACCACCAGCGGCAGAAUAUCGUACAUGCCAUUGAUAUGCUGCUGCUCCACCAGCGCUUCCUCGUGCUUAUUUCCAAGGCAUUGAUGAUGUACGGGUCGCCGCUGCAUCAUUUGGAGGAUAACCUGACGCGCACAGCGCGGCUGCUGGACCUUGAAAUGACAGCGUCGGCGUUUCCCGGCCUCGUCAUGCUUUCCUUCGAUGACUCCAUUACGCAUACCUCGGAGACUAAGCUGGUCCGGUGCAUUGCUUCGCCGGUUGUCCAUGGAAAUACCAAGGUCAAGCAAGCGGUGACCGAAUUGGAGCUCAUCAUGACCGCACCUCCGAUCUACGCCUGGUACUGGCAGGUAUUGAACUGGGGUGUGAUCUCCUGGUCCCUCUGUCUGGUCUGCUUCGGCGGGUCCUGGAAGGACUCGGGUAUUUCCUUGGCCCUCGGCCUCAUCGCCGGAAUAAUGAAUAUGGCCGCGGGAAAGUUCAGCGGAUACACGAAUUUUUUUGAAGUGUCAGUAUCCAUAGUCAUGGGGAUUCUCAGCGCGGCACUCGCCGGCUGGGGUUGUUUUGGCGCCACAUCGCUGUCGGCCACCGUCGUGCUGCUACCCGGCCUGGUUAUGACCACAGGCGUCAUUGAGUUAUCCUCCAGACACAUGAUUGCCGGAACCGUCCGCAUUUUCUACGCUCUCCUACUGGCCUUCAUUAUCGCCUAUGGAUUGCUAAUCGGCGUCGAGAUAUAUAACAAAAUGGCCGGCCUUCCUGUCCUCGAGGGCGCCCUCUUAGACUUAUCCAAGUGCGAGGCCAUUACCAAAUGGUCCUGGUUUGGCACCUUCCCCGCCGGCAUCAUUAGCAUCAGUAUCCUAGUCAACAUCCAUUGGAAACACUGGACCAGCGUGACAAUAAUCGCAGGCAUUAGCUAUGGAAUUUUCUGGCUCUUCAAGUUCCACCUCGGGCUUGACGAUCUCGCCCCCGUGGUUGCUUCGUUUGUGCUCGGAUUGACGUCCAAUAUGUGGAGUAAAGUGACUGGUCAGACGGCGUAUAUGAUUUUACUUCCUGGUGAAAUGUUUUUGGUUCCUGGGAGUGUUGGGGAUGGAGGGAAGGGCGCCCAGCUGGCAUUGCAGAUGAUCACUACUUGCUUGAGUAUCAUGAUGGGUCUGUUUGCAAGCUCGUUUGUCGUGUAUCCGCGCGGAAAACAGCAUUCUGCCAUGCUUACCGUAUAGUGAUAAAUAACAUAGAUAAUUUAAUAUGCAUUUACAUCAACG